GAGUCUGUGACCAGAUCAGCCACCGCCGAGGCUGAGGCGCAGGGGCCACCACUCUGUGAAGAGGAGGGAUCGGAGAAGAACCAGGAAGGGAAGCGGCGGCGGCGGCGGCAUCAGGCCGGGUUGGGCUGGCGUCUUCGCGCCGCCUCCUCUUCCUCUUCCUCCUCUCUCCGGGGAGCGGGGGCCAGCGCUGAGGGGCCGACCGCGCACGGCUUCCCCUCUCCCGGCCGGCUCCGCUCCCCUGCCCGCCCCGCGGGGGAGGGCGGAAGAUGCCGGUGAAGAAGAAGAGAAAAUCCUCCGGGGCGGCCGCGGCGGUAGCGGAAGACGGAGGCCUCAAGAAGUGUAAAAUCUCCAGCUAUUGCAGAUCACAAGUCCCUGCUAAACUAAUAAGUGGAGAGGAGCAUUUUUCAAGCAAGAAGUGCCUGGCUUGGUUUUAUGAAUAUGCAGGUCCUGAUGAAGUUGUAGGGCCGGAAGGAAUGGAAAAGUUUUGUGAAGACAUUGGUGUUGAACCUGAAAAUAUUAUUAUGUUAGUUUUAGCCUGGAAAUUGGAGGCUGAAAGCAUGGGAUUUUUUACCAAGGAAGAAUGGUUAAAGGGGAUGACUUCAUUACAGUGUGACUGCACAGAAAAGUUACAGAGCAAAUUUGAUUUUUUGCGCUCACAGUUGAAUGAUAUUUCAUCUUUUAAGAAUAUCUACAGAUAUGCCUUUGAUUUUGCAAGGGAUAAGGACCAGAGAAGCCUUGAUAUUGAUACUGCUAAAUCUAUGUUAGCUCUUUUGCUUGGAAGGACAUGGCCACUGUUUUCAGUAUUCUACCAAUACUUGGAGCAAUCAAAAUACCGAGUUAUGAACAAAGAUCAGUGGUACAAUGUAUUAGAAUUCAGCAGAACUGUCCAUGCAGAUCUUAGUAACUAUGAUGAAGAUGGUGCAUGGCCUGUUCUUCUUGAUGAAUUUGUUGAGUGGCAAAAAGUCCGUCAAGUGUCAUAGCAAGAACUAUACUGAGGAAAAUGCAGACCUUUUGAUGCCCGCCUGUAAACAAACUAAAAUGAGAUGAGGAUAACACCAAGGGGCGCAUUUUCAUUCUUAUGAAAGACUUCUUAUAGUACUUUUUUUUCCUUUUUUUUAAGGAAGUUUUCUUGUUACAUGUGAAAUGGGCAUUGAACCACACCUCUUCUGAGACUGAAAAUUGAAGUUUAUGUUUUGAGUUAUGUUUAUAACUUUUAUUUCAGAACAAUAAAGAUUCAGAUUUGUGACAAAGGC